AUGGCACCACCUUUCUUCCAUGAUAUACCUAGGGAUAUUAAUGGCCUAUUGAACAGAGACUUCUUCCACACUAGUCCGCUUUCUUUGAGUGUGUCGACCACUACACAAAAUGGAGUCAACUUUACUCUGAAGGGGAAGCAGGUCACGAAGGAUGGCCCUAUUCAAACCAGUGUUGAAGGUCGGUUCUGCGACAGGAAAGAAGGAGUUUCGCUGUCUCAAGGCUGGUCGAACAGGAGCAAACUGAACACAAGACUGGAGUUUUCAAAGAUAGCACCUGGUUGGAAGGGUGACGUCAAUGCGUGUUUGACUCCCCAGGCCAUCAAGAACGCUAAACUCAAUCUGAGCUAUGCGCAACAAUCCUUCAGUGCGAGAAGUUCCAUGGACAUUUUGCAACUCAAGGACUUUGUCGGAAGCAUCAGUUUAGGCCGUGACGGGUUCGUUGGCGGCACGGAGAUUGCUUACGACAUUCCCAGUGGGAGUUUGGCCCGCUACGCCAUGUCAUUGGGUUAUCUUGCAAGGGACUACUCUUUCGUGCUAUCCACGAACAAUAGACAAUGCGCUUCUGCUUCCUUCUUCCAAAACAUCAAUCGUUACUUGCAGGUGGGAGCUAAAGCCACAGUGCAAUCGAAGACAAGUUCCAAUAUGAACAUUGAGUUCGUUACUAGAUACCUACCCGAUUCCUCCUCGCAAGUUAAGGCAAAGAUUACAGAUUCGGGCCUGACUACACUGUCCUUCAAGCAAAGUCUGAGAAAAGACAUCUCUUUGGGAGUGGGUAUGUCUUUCAAUGUGCUACAGCUGGCUGAGCCUGUUCAUAAGUUUGGCUGGUCUUUGUCCUUCUCAGCAUGA